AUGGCCCAGGUCAACCUCGCUCCCGCCGCAAUGCCCGCGGGCAAGAAGCGCAUUGCCGUCAUGACAUCCGGAGGUGACUCGCAGGGAAUGUCUGGUGCUGUGCGUGCCGUCGUCCGUCAAACCAUCGCCUCGGGCUGCGAUGCAUUCGCCGUCUACGAAGGUUACGAAGGUCUCGUCCAGGGCGGAGACAUGAUCAAGCAGAUGCGCUGGGAGGACGUCCGUGGAUGGCUCUCAGAAGGCGGUACCCUCAUUGGAACAGCAAGAUGCAUGUCCUUCAAGGAACGCCCCGGCAGACUGCAAGCGGCCAAGAACAUGAUCGACAAGGGCAUUGAUGCCUUGGUUGUCUGUGGUGGUGACGGCAGCUUGACUGGUGCAGACCGUUUCAGAGGCGAGUGGCCCAGUCUGGUCGAGGAGCUGGUGUCCAAUGGCACUUUCAAGAAGGAGGCAGUCGAGCCGUUCAAGCACCUCAACAUUGUUGGUCUGGUCGGCUCCAUCGACAACGACUUGGCCGGAACCGAUGCCACCAUUGGAUGCUACUCAUCGCUGCAACGUAUCUGCCAGGCUGUCGACUACAUUGAUGCUACCGCCUUCUCUCACCAGCGUGCCUUCGUCGUCGAGGUCAUGGGCAGACACUGUGGUUGGCUCGCCCUGAUGGCUGGUGUCUCAACUGGUGCCGACUUUGUCUUCCUUCCCGAGAACCCACCGUCAGAGAACUGGGAGACUGAGAUGUGCGACGUCGUGCAGCGUCACCGCAAGCUCGGAAAGAGAAAGACCAUCGUCAUCGUUGCUGAGGGAGCCCACGACCGUCAGCUCAACGCCAUCUCGCCCGACAAGGUGAAGGACCUGCUUGCUGGCAAGCUCGGUCUCGAUACCAGAGUCACCACUCUUGGCCACGUCCAGCGUGGUGGUACUGCCGUUGCCUACGACCGCAUGUUGGCUACUCUGCAGGGUGUUGAGGCGGUCAAGGCCGUCCUCGACUCAACCCCGGAGACACCCAGUCCCGUCAUUUGCAUGGUCGAAAACAAGAUUGUGCGCAAGUCAUUGAUGGAGGCUGUCAAGUUGACCCAGUCGGUCGCCGAGGCCAUCGAACGCAAGGACUUCCAGUCGGCCAUGAAGCUCAGAGGUGCCGAAUUCGACGAGUACUGGACCGCAUACACGACCACUGUCUCGACCGACAAGCAGGAGUUGCUUCUGCCCCAGGAGAAGGUAAGAAUCUACUUCGUGUUACUUGCAGAGAGUUCAGCUAACACAGACAUANNGCGCAUGCGUGUUGGUAUCAUCCACGUCGGAGCCCCCGCUGGUGGCAUGAACGCUGCCACCCGCGCCGCCACCGCCUACUGUCUCACCCGCGGCCACACUCCCAUCGCCCUCCACAACGGUUUCCCCGGUCUCGCUCGCCAUUACAAGGACGAGGAAAGCUCUGUUCGCGAGAUCAAGUGGCUCGACGCCGAGAACUGGGCCAGCAAGGGUGGUUCUGAAAUCGGAACCAACCGUGCUACUCCUUCUGAGGACUACGACGGUGUCUCUGAUGCCCUGAAGUACCACAAGAUUGACGCUCUCUUCGUUGUUGGUGGUUUCGAGGCCUUCACUGCCGUGUCCGAGCUUCGCAAGGCCAGACGCGACUACGAUGCCUUCAAGAUCCCCAUCGUCGUUCUUCCCGCAACCGUCUCCAACAACGUCCCUGGUACCGAGUACUCUAUCGGUAGCGACACUUGUUUGAACGCCCUUAUCGACUACUGCGAUGCCAUCAAGCAAUCCGCCGCCGCCUCUCGUCGUCGUGUCUUCGUCGUUGAGACACAGGGUGGUGCUUCUGGUUACAUUGCCACCAUCGCCGGUCUCUCCAUCGGUGCCGUUGCCGUCUACACACCCGAAGAGGGCAUUCACCUCAAGAUGAUCGCCUCCGACAUUGAGCACUUGAAAGAGCAAUUCGCCAAAGACAAGGGCCAAAACCGCAGUGGAAAGAUUAUCCUCCGCAACGAAAAGGCUUCCAAGACCUACACCACCGAGAUCAUCGCCAACAUCAUCCGCGAGGAGAGCGGCGGCAAGUUCGACUCGCGUUUCGCUGUUCCCGGACACGUGCAGCAGGGUGGUAUCCCCUCGCCCAUGGACCGUGUUCGUGCCGUCCGUUUCGGUGUCAAGAGUAUGCAGCACAUCGAGUCCUUUGCCGGCAAAUCCAAGGACGAGAUCGCCCAGGACCCUCUGUCGUGCUCGAUUAUCGGAAUCACCGGUGCCCAAGUGCAAUUCUCCGGCAUGGAGAAGGUCGAGAAGGAGGAGACCGACUGGAAGGACCGCCGUCCCAAGAACGAGUUCUGGAUGGACUUGGUGAGCAUUGUGGAUACGCUUUCGGGCCGUCCUCGUCCCAAGAAGGAGGAUGCUAUUGCUGCCGGUCUGCCUGCUUAG